AUGGACGAGUCCGGGGUCGAUAUGGGUUUCGAUCUAACGGCCGCGUUCGCCGUCACCGAUCCGAUCGCCCACCACGUUUCCGCCGGGGAUUACGACGACGAGUUCGAGCAGGCCCUCUCCCUACUGUCGACCUCGACCAAGGAACUGAUGUACUACGAGCUGAAGAGCCGCGCACCCGACACCGGCAGUCCGCCGACGUUCAAAACAGCAACGCCGACGUCGCGCACGCAAUUGAAGCUGCAGCUGAUGCGGGAGCAGCUGCAGGAGCAAGAGAGGCGACAGGCGGAAUUCCGGCAGAGCUUGCAGCAGCAGAGGCCAGCUGCCGCACCGCCCAGACCAGUGCCGCCUACGCCGUUGCCCAGUAUCGGCGUGGAUGUUCCACCGCAAGUAUUACAAGUGCGCACGCUGUUGGAGAAUCCGACUCGCUAUCACGUCGUGCAGAAGCAGAAGAACCAGGUGCGCCAAUACCUGCACGAGUCGUUUCGCGGCGGCGAGGGUGGCGGCGGCGGCGGCGGCGGCGGCGGUGGUAGUGCCGGCAAUGCGGUCGUCAGCGGCAGCGCCGGUAGCGAGGGCGGCGGCAGGACGCCGGUCGACGCCGGGCCGCCACCCGUUUCAAUGGUGGUGCAAAGUGCACCGCCCGGCCCGCAGCUGCAUCACCCGAAGCCGCAGCAUCCUCAUCUCGCCUCGUAUCCGCACGCCCCCGCGCUGCUGCCGCAUCACCCGGGUAACCCGACGGUGGUCUCGGCGAGCCCGGACCCUACCACCACCGGCACCAUGUCCCCGGGUCUGUCCAGCGUCGCCACCAGCAACUCCGAGGCUGAGGACCUCCUGGACGACAUUCUGUCGUUCGAGGCCGGUUCCUUGGGCGACGGACUGAAGGACGGCCAGGCCGGAAGUCUUACGAAUAUACCGGAGCUUCAAAUUAAACCGGAACCACUCUUGCUCACCGAGGCAGAGAUCCACGCCCUCGCGAAAGAUCGGCAGAAAAAGGAUAACCACAAUAUGAUUGAACGACGGCGGCGUUUCAACAUCAACGACAGGAUCAAGGAGCUCGGCACCCUCCUGCCCAAGACCAAUGACCCAUAUUACGAGAUCGUCAGGGAUGUCAGGCCGAACAAGGGUACGAUUCUCAAAUCCUCGGUGGAAUAUAUAAAACUGUUGAAGAACGAGCUGACGAGGAUGAAGCAGAACGAGCUCAGGCACAAGCAACUGGAGCACCAGAAUCGCCGGCUGCUCCUGCGCGUGCAGGAGCUCGAGCUGCAGGCGAAGGCGCACGGUCUUCCGGUUACCGACUUCAACUGGGCGUCCUCCGCCAUGCUCAACACCUUCCCGAGGAGUAAACUCGAGCAACGAAAGAAAUUGGAAAAAAUGCCGGAUCUGACGGUGACGGAGGACGCGACGAGUCUGAGUAUGUCGCAUCUCGAGGACCUCAUGGAGGACGACACCGGCGGCCCCGUGCACGGCGGCGACCCGAUGCUGUCGUCGCCGCACCUGCCACCGUUGAGUCCACCUGCGACCGGCUGUCACCACGGCUUAGACGAGGACACCCUCGGCAGCCUGGCGGUGACCACGUCGAACUCCUCGUCCGACAUGGACAUCGUCGCGUAGUCGAAAUUACCGGUCGUCGUCCGUCGGCGCUUCGCGCGCGUGAUCGGAGUCGGCUCUCCCGAAAACUUGGUCUUACGUCGGAUAUUUUCUCGGUCAUCACUCGACCGAGGUGAUCGAUUUAGAUUUGUGUGCGUGUGUGUGUAUGUGUGUGUGUGUGUAUAUGAGAGAGAAAGAGAGAAAGAGAGAGAGAAUGAGAGAGAAAUGGCACCAGGACGUGAUGUGCGAAGUGCGACUUAAAGGCAGCUGGUUGCUGCUACGACGUCGUAGAUUCUCAUCAUGGAAAGAACGGGGAGGGAAUUCGCUCGCGGCGCCAAUUGGAUUUUAUUGGAGUCACCGCGCACGCUCUGAUGUGGAUUUAUCUAAAACUAGUCAUCGACUUGCGGUCGGGAAGGUGGGACCGGCGAAGGAAAUGAAGAAGAAUACGGCGCGGGCUGGAUGUCGCUUGCUGUGGGAGAGGAGGAUUAAAGGAGAACGUUCCGAAUAUUGCGAUCGGUCCAUUGGAGCAAUUUUCGAGAAAGGAGUAUCGAUGGUUCCCUUUAGAAUUCCGACGAUACACACACUUGGUCCAAUAUAAAUAAAGAUAAUUAUAUAGACAAACUAAAAGACUGGAAACCACGGGUCAAAACGUUCCCAUUGAGGAUAUCACGAUGGUCGGCGCACUUGAUCGCGAAUAAUAUACUCAUCGGACCUUGCUGACCUGCCAAUUAUCACACCGUUUGGUCCCCCAUAAUCAUCAAGAACGUAUCUAGUGAUUAUCGUUGCAACAUUACUCCCCCCUCCCCCCGGCCAUCUAAUGUGUCAUUAACGACUUGGAUACCUCUUUAUCAACCUGCACGGGCAAGGCGCGAGAGCGCUUCCGCGAGACUCCCAUUUCGAGUUGGGGAAACCACCGGAGAAGGCCGAGUAGAGAAAAUUGCUGUGACAAGAACGUGUCAAGUUCGCGUUUCGCGUCCUUGAAAGAUCGGGUACGAGGAUCGUACGGAUGAACGUUUCUCUCGGGGUCGCGCGACGACGAGAACUCAAGAGACGAGAGAUCGGGCGUUUUCGGGUCGGUCGGUCGAUCGGGCCGGCCGGACCUCGGGGUCUCUCCAAGUGGCGGUGAAAGUACGCCAUUGCGUCGGACGACGCAGGAGGAGUAGUUCAGGGUCGUUCCAAUUGCGAGGAACGGAGGGCUCCCUGUCACGUUUCUACGAACGGCUGGCCGUUACACUGAUGGAAUGCGUGACGUCGUUGGCGCGGGUUGUAUGUUAUGUCAGUGCCACGAAGGACGCGGCUCCUGAGCCGCGCUUUGAGACGAGCCUAUAAGCGUUUCGUCGCGAAUCGCUGUGUCGUCCGUGCAUCCAGCGAUGCCGACGUCGCGUCGCCGGGCGACGACUUCGACGGGAUUCAUUUGACGAAGGACGAGAACAUCUUCUCGUAAAAAAAGUGCUAGCUAUGUAGUUCACUAUGAUAUUACUUAAUCGAGAAAUUUAUUUUCAUAAGUUGCGAGCGUGUUCGCGAGACGUGCCGAGAAGACGCGGUCCGAUGUAUACGGAAUAUUUUUAAUAUAAAAGAUAUUUUCUCUCCGAGAUUUUCUCCCGAUAUACCUUCGACGGAGAUGGAAUCGGUGAAAUGUACAAUCGCACGGUGUAACGUUGCUUUAGUAAAGUUAUAUAAAGUUAUGAAAUAUUAAAUCUGUUAAGGAGACAGCUUGAGAAUAUGAAUUUCGGGAAUAAGCGCAAAAAAAUAUUCCAACUGCGAAACGAAGAAGUGGAAUAUUCACUGCAGCGUUUUUUUUUUUAGAUUCGAAGAUUUAAUCUUCGAUUUAUUAAGCGUAGCAAUAAUAUUCAAGUGCCUUCGUGAAAAGAGUCGAAAAAGAUAUUUUCGGAAAUAUAUCCUUCAAUUUCAGUAUUAGAGCGCGUAUACGCAUAUAUGUAAGGCAAUUUAAAUAAUACUUAUCAAGAUCCCUUAUCCACAUA